CAGUUGGGAAGAGCUCAGAGCUGCAGAGCUGCUCAUAGAAAAUAGGAACAGGACAACGAGGAGGGAGAGGACACCAACAGGAAGAACAAGACAAACAUCUCAGCUAAAACUUGGAUAAAAGAUCAGGUUUCUCAAUCACAGGAUUGGACAGUUAGGAAAAGGGUUUGAUAGAUCAGUAUAGAUUGAGCAGGUGCUGUCAGAAAGAUGUUCUUUGUUUUCCUGCUGUGCAUAUGUGGUCUCCUGCUGCGAGGAAAUGCCCAGGACCGAGCCUCUUUGUGGAGGGGGAACGACCGCAGCGGGCGAUGCCAAUACACCUUCACCGUGUCCAGUCCCAUGGAGGCCACCUGCCCACAGGGUGGAGGUCCAGAGGUGGAGGGCCUUAAGAACAGACUCAGCGUGCUGGAGGCACUGGUGUCCCAGCUGAGUGGAAAGGAUGUCCAACCACGAGGAGGUCACCAGGGCGCCGCUGCCAGACCGCAACCUGAGCUCCAGGAGGCGCUCAACCGGGCUGUGGGAGAGAGGAACCUGCUGCAAGGGGAGAAGGAGAGACUGGCCAGGGAGCUGGAGACGCUUAAGCUCCGGAUGGAGGAGAUGAGGAGGGAGACAGAGAGGCUGAGGAGCAGACCGUGUCUGGGUCAGAAUCCAGCAGUGGCCCACAGCUCCCCCCAACAGGACUGGGGCCGAGGCAGACCUGUGUCUGGCUCCAAUCAGAUGUCCCACCUCAUGACGAAACCCAACAGGCAGGGCGACAGCAGCAACCUGAGAGAUUCAGCCUGGCAGUACGGACCGAUGGGCUUUCAGGAACUGAAGGCUGAGGUGACCGAGGUUCCUGCUCCUGACAGCAACAACACAGGAUGCGGGGAGCUGAUCUCUGUGGGGGAGCCGGUCACUCACAGGAAGGCCGAUAACAUCGCGGGUAAAUAUGGGGUUUGGAUGCAGGAUCCUGAGGCCGUUUCCCCCUAUGGACCCAACAUGCUCUGGCGCAUCGAUACCGUUGGCACAGAGAUCAGGCAGCUGUAUGGGUAUGAAGACAUGGAGCAGCUCUCCAAAGGCUUCCCCUCCAAGGUGCUGCUGCUGCCAGACCCGUUAGAAAGCACCGGCGCCACCAUGUACCGGGGGUCCCUGUACUACCAGAGGCGGCUGAGUCGCACACUGAUCCGCUACGAUCUGGCUGCUGAGCACGUGGCAGCCCGCCGGGAACUCCCCCAUGCUGGCUUCCACGGCCAGUUCCCCUACUCCUGGGGGGGCUACACAGACAUCGACCUGUCUGUGGAUGAGAAGGGGCUGUGGGCCGUCUACUCCACCAGUAAGGCCCAGGGAGCUAUUGUGAUCUCCAAGCUGGAUCCCAACAGUCUGGAGGUGAAGAGGAGCUGGGAGACCAGCAUCAGGAAGGCGUCUGUGGCCAACUCCUUCAUGAUCUGCGGGAAGCUGUACACCGUGGCGAGCUACGCGUCUCGGGAAACCACCAUCAACCGUGUGUAUGACACCGGAACCAGCCAAGGGAGGGCCGUGUCCAUCCCCUUCAAGAACAAGUACGGCUACAACAGCAUGGUGGACUACAGCCUGGCUCAGAGGAAGCUGUUCGCCUGGGAUAACUUCCACCUGGUGACCUAUGACCUCAGGCUGGGCCGUCAGCAGGCCAACUGAGGCCGUCAUGGAGGACUGCUGCUCUUCUGUUCCUGUUUCAGAGACUCUCAGCUGUAGACCAUAACAUGAGCGGCAGCAACAGAUCUAUGGAA